CUGCGUGGGGACCCCCGUGCAGGCGGGGAGCUCCGUGCAGUUUUCGUUUUCGCCGGGGUGGUCUAGGGUAGAGGUCUUAGUAUACCUGGCGCUCCAGCUUCUUGUACCUUAUUUGAAAGGAACAGACUGCUAGAAGUUAUUGAUUGAUUGAUUGCAGUUCAAACUUGGCCUGACUUGGAAAUUGAAAAGCCACACUUUAAUGUUCCUUCGCAGGUUGCCAUCUUUUGGGUAGAUUCCCAGAAGUAGUCACAUCAUCGCCGCAGUGCAAACUUCACCACUUUUCAAGAGUGUGGUGACAAAGUGGAGACUUUAGACUUGCUUUACCUGUUCUUCUUCUUUUUUUUUUUUUUAAGAUUUAUUUAGGCACACAAGAGCUGGGGACAGGCCAGAGAUGCGGGAGGUGAGAAGAGUCACCAGACAGAGUGGGAAACAGAACAGGCAGAUCUACUGAAAUACACUGCUUAGGGGAGCAGCGGGCAAGACAGGAGAGGUUUGCCGUGCCAUGUGGGUAGCUCACUGGCCAGGGGAUCGAACUCAUGCUGCAGAGGCUGCGGUCAGCUUCAUAGGUUGUAUCUUAACCCCUUGCGCCACCACCUGUAAUAACCUGGGAAUCGAUGGCAGUGUUAGGUCACUCAAGAGCAGACCUCAUGUAUUGUUAGCUAUCAUUACCUAGUUAAUUCUAAUGUCAGCGUCUCUGAUCUCAGCACCAUGUGUUCCACACAGAAGACCCUUAGUUAAUAUUGGUGUCAGGAAAAUGCUUUACUAUAUAGCAGAAUCCAUGGCAGCAGAAUCCCCAGUUGGGUUGAGACCAACUCAUCUUACAAAACCAGCACACGCGUUAGUUACAUCAGUCUUUCUGGCCUUCUUGUUUUCCAGAUAAAAGACCUUUAGUGCUGAUACUGCCUUGUUAUUUCUCAUCCCAGGCACAUGCUGUUUAAAGUUUUGGCAACUGAAACUAUAAGUCACAAGGCAUUAGAUGCAGAUAUAUACAAUGCAAUACCAACAGAAAAAGUGGAUGGAACAUGUUGUUAUGUUACUACCUACAAAGGUCAGCCAUACCUUUGGGCUCGGCUGGAUAGGAAACCUAACAAAAUAGCUGAGAAAAGAUUUAAAAAUUUUCUCCAUUCAAAACAGAAAUCAAACGAAUUGUCACAUACAAGAAUAUCUAUUUUAGAAUUUUUUUGGAAUGUUGAAGAGGACUUCAAACCUGUUCCAGACUGUUGGAUACCAGCAAAGGAAAUAGAACAUUUAAAUGGAAAUCCAGUGCCUGAUGAAAAUGGACACAUUCCAGGUUGGGUGCCAGUAGAGAAAAGCAACAAACAGUAUUGUUGGCAUUCAUCUGUAGUUAAUUAUGAAUGUGAAAUUGCCUUGGUACUGAAGCUUCAUCCUGAUGAUCCUGGUCUUUUGGAAAUUAGUGCAGUGCCACUAUCAGAUCUCCUAGAACAAACACUGGAGCUAAUAGGAACAAAUAUUAAUGGAAAUCCAUACGGGUUAGGAACCAAGAAGUGUCCAUUACAUCUUCUUGUACCACAUGGAGCAUUUCAAAUAAGAAAUCUACCUACCUUGAGACACAGUGAUCUAUUGUCCUGGUUUGAAGGCUGCAGAGAGGGUAAAAUUGAAGGAAUAGUAUGGCACUGCAAUGAUGGCUGCUUAAUUAAGGUCCAUCGCCAUCAUCUUGGUUUAUGCUGGCCAAUUCCAGACCCUUAUAUGAAUUCAAAGUCAGUUAUUAUUAACAUGAACCUGAACAAACAUGACUAUGCAUUUGAUACGAAAUGUUUGUUUAGUCAUUUUUCAAAAAUAGAUAAUCAGAAAUUUGGUAGGCUCAAAGAUAUAAUACUUGAAGUAUAAACUAGAAAUGCAGUACAAACCAGAUGUAUUAUACCUGAAUCUUGAACAUGCUGUGUUUAAAGGUAAAAAUAUGCCUAUUUACUGUUCAGAUUCUGAUGAAUAUAUCUUCUAGCAUUUGAAGAAAUGAAUUUCCCCAUUGCAAAUAUCUCUUCCAAGUUUUAUUUAAAAUCUGCAAAUGAUUUUUAACUCCUGGACUUAAAAAUGUACAUAAUAGUAAGCUCCCCAGCUUGUAUAAAGGUUGGAUUUUGUCCAGUAUAACUGGGUUGUAAUUUAAACAAUUCAACCAACAAUUUUGGAUCAUUCACUUUCAAAAUUAAAUGUUUUAAACUGAAUCUUGUUAACAAAACAUAUGGCUUAACCUCAUAAUGUAUAUAUUACAUAUAUAUUUAUGACUGUACUAUCUCAAAUCAUUACAUAUAACCCCAAUUUUAAAUGUUAAAAUUAUUAAAAUUUACAUCUUUAAAAAUUCAAAACAUGAAUGUACAGAAAUUCACCACAGCUCAAUAGUAUUUGAUAGUCAUAACUCUAAAAGUCUUAAAAAUAUAUACUUUUUUAAUAUGGUAAUUUUUAUACAAUUUUAUUUACUACAAAUUCCAAUUAUAAGAGUACAAGAAUGUAGGUCAGAAACGUGCUUGAUUUACAGAUGGACUUUUAACUUACAAAGUUAAUAGUAAAACUGUAGUUGUAGGUGGCCUUUAAUAAAUGGGGAAAUUAACAGGACUUUCCUCUUCAUCUUCAAACUGUUCAGAAAUAGCAGUAGGACUAGUUAAUUCAACCCCAAAUUGUUCUGAAAGUUUUUUUAACUUCUCUUCUAAGAGAAUAUUUUUUUUCACUUCUUCUUUGUAAUUAUACUUCAGGUCUUCAAUUUCUUCAAAAAAUGAAGGAUCAAAAUUUUCCAGUUCUUUCUUCAGCUUCUUUAUUUCCUCCUAAUAAAAAUACUAUCUUUAAAAGGUGCAUAUAGGAAUAUAAUAUAUUCUUUAGGUUUGAACUAAGGAUACUUAAUUAAAAGUGAGACAAAAUAAUGUGAAUAGUCAAAUAUAUUUAUAAAGCAGAAGCAUUUUAAUAUUGUGUUAAUAAGGUUUUACUGUACAGUGUAUGUAAGUAACUUGUUACUGUCAAAGUAUCUGUUCUAUAAGUUGUGUUGCAGGCUUUGACUGAAAUGUUACAGCUUAUAAAUUGGAUGGGUGGGAUUUAAUCUUUCUCCAAAAGCAUGUCAGGUCUUCUCAAUGAAGCAAUCAAAAGGAUUUAGCUAUAUCACUGAAGUUGUUUUCGUUGUCUUUGGUUUUGGGUACAUUUAUAUUUUCUUCACAAAUAUCUGGUUUUUAAUGGUCAACUUCUUUUAAACAUAGCAACGAUCAGGGCAGCGCUAGGAUGCUGCCUUAGAGUAAUACAUCUGGUGGAAAGACAGUCUGAUCUCUAACAACCAUUUAGAACAACUGGGAUCACUAGUUUAUUCUCACAUUCAUGCUCUUUUGUUCAUCUUACAGAUUUUUAAAGAUAUAAAGCAUAGCAAAUACCUUUCUUUACGGUAACUAUUCCUAAAAGAAAUUUCAAGAGGAAAUAAAAGACUUUAUACUCAAUGUGCUCCCAAAUUUAAAUAAAAACAAUAAAAAUCAGUUGUAUUCAAGACAAAAAAUAAAUUCACCCUUUAUUUUGUCUGAUUUUUUUUGGUAUUUUUUU